AUGGUCAGCAACACCAGCCUGAAGAACCCAUGUUUCUUGGAGGUCCUUAUGAUCUUUCUGUCCUUAAAGAUUAUGAGCAUCAUAUUGCAAUUAAUGUGUGGAAUGGAAAGACGUGCCUUGAAAGUUGUUUCAAAUGGCAAAAAGCAAGAUAAAUUCAUUUAUAUCAGAUAUCGAUUACCUGCUCAAAUAGAUCAUUGGAUUACUAUAUCUGGAUUACUUCCUCUGAGAAGAUGUAGUUUGCAUAUGAUUGAUGGUAAUAUGAUAUCUGCUUUUGCUGAGAGAUGGCACGCAGAGACUAGUUCAUUUCACCUGCCAUUCGGUGAAAUGACUAUUACUCUUGACGACUUUAGGGGUCUCUUGAGCAUCCCAUGUUCUGGAGAGUUUUUCACACCUCCCGCAAAUGUCAAUGAAGAUUUGGCAAUUGCUGCUGCUAUUGAUUUGUUGGGAGUUGCAUAUGAUGAAGCUGUCACUGAAACUAGGACCAAUAGAGGUGCUUCGUAUAGUUUUGAGUGGUUGAAAGAGGUAUUUUUCAAGAAACUUCAUGAAGGACGAUAUGACUGUGCAGCGAGGGCAUACAUACUUCAUUUGGUAUGGUGUACCAUUCUAGCUGAUAAAAGCUUUACCCUUGUAUUUGCAAAAUAUCUUUUUUUGUUUCAAGACCUUGAUACUUGUGGUAAAUGGGCAUGGGGACCAGCUGCACUUGUUAUGUUAUAUGACUAUCUUAGAGAUAGUACAUUGCCUGCAACCAAACAGAUUGGAGGAUAUUUAUCUUUAUUUCAAACUUGGAUUUAUGAACAUUUUCCUAAUAUUUGUAAACGGGAUAUGGAUGAGCUUAUCUCCUCGAUGCCACAGAUGUUUCGUUGGACUGCAAAACAAACAUUUGGGAACGUUGCAUAUUACAGGGCAAAGUUGGAUGCUUUGAGGGAUACUGAUAUUAUCUGGACGCUGAAUUACGACGAGAACUCUAUGACAUGA